UGCAAAAUCACUAUCAAGUAUCAGCAAAAUGUCACCGUAGGUUAAUCGAAGUGAAGACAUAUUGCAAUUUUCCUGAUCAUAAAUAUAAUUAUAAUUUAUUAAUAAGUGUAAUUAUGAAUGUUAGAACUUUCAUAUAAUAUUAACCGUCUAAUUUGAUUAGAAGAAGAUAUAAAAAUCAUAAAAAGAUGACGUCCCCUGGCCCAUCGAAUUCAUUUCAGGCCACUUCGGCCGCUGCCUCCGUACAAGAGUUCAAGAUCAGAGUGCCAAAGAAUGUAAAAAAGAAGUACCAUGUAAUGAGGUUUAAUGCCACACUCAAUGUUGACUUUGCAAAGUGGACUCACGUGAAGAUGGAGAGAGAGAACAAUAUUAAAGAGUUUAAGGGACUUGAUGAAGAUAUGCCAAAAUUUGGUGCCGGCUCAGAAUACGGCCGCGACGUGCGAGAGGAGGCGCGGCGUAAGAAGUUUGGUAUCAUAUCCCGCAAGUACAAACCAGAGGACCAACCUUGGAUACUUAAAGUUGGCGGCAAAACUGGUAAAAAGUUCAAAGGCAUCCGCGAAGGUGGUGUAUCCGAGCAUGCCGCGUAUUACGUGUUUACACAUGCGGCCGACGGUGCCAUCGACGCCUACCCGCUGCAGGAAUGGUACAACUUCCAGCCCAUACAGAGAUACAAGGCAUUGUCCGCGGAAGAGGCUGACGAAGAAUUCGGAAGACGUAACAAAGUGCUGAACUACUUCUCGCUGAUGUUCCGCAAGCGCAUGCGCGGCGACGACGCGGCGGACGACGCGGACGACCCGGACGAGAAGAAACUCAAAGGGGCCAAAGCUAAGAAAGAUCUCAAACUAUCGGAGAUGGAUGAAUGGAUAGACUCGGAUGACGACUCGUCCAACUCGGACAACGAGAAGGAAAAGGACAACGACAGCGACUCCGGCGCCAACAAGAAGAAGAAGAAGAAAGCGGCUGCUAACAAGAAAAAGAAGAAAGUGGAAGAUGAAGCCUUCGAAGAGAGUGAUGAUGGAGACGAGGAGGGGCGGGAGAAGGACUACAUAUCAGAUUCUUCAGAGAGUGAAUCAGAUCACGAGACGAAAACAAACAAGGAGAUGCAAGGUGUGGCUGAAGAAGACGCGCUAAGAAAGCUCCUGGCUUCGGACGAGGACUCGGAAGAGGAACAAGAGAACAAAGAACAAGAGGAAGAGCAGGAGGACGAGCCCACCAAGGAGGGUGAGGAGCGCGCCAGCAAGCUCACCAAAAAGAAGAAGAAACCUGAUGAUGCGAAGAAAGAUUCGAGUAGCGAGUUGAGUUCGGACUCGGACACGGACCCGGAGGGCGGCGCGCCGGCCGCCAAGAAACCCAAGAAGAGCAAGAGCAACGACAAGAACGGACCUUCUGCGAGUACUAGCGGGUCAGGGCGCGCGUCGUCCCCGCCGAGCUCGGCGGCGGCGCUGGCGGUGGCGGCCGCUAACGCCGCCAACUCCAACGCGCCGCCCACCAAGCGACCCAAGCUGGACGCCAGCUACACCGAAUGCGGCGUAACAGAGGAAGCAGUACGGCGAUACCUCGCUCGCAAACCUAUGACGACAACGGAACUCCUUACGAAGUUCAAGUCCAAGCGCACGGGCGUCAGCAGCGAGCGCCUCGUCGAGACCAUGACGCAGAUCCUCAAACGAAUCAACCCCGUCAAGCAGAACAUUAACGGGAAAAUGUACCUUAGUAUAAAGAACACGUGAAUUGUGGAAUAAAUUCUCAUUACUUAUGU